AUGAGUGGGGCCCUAAUACAACUUGGGGAGAGUGCUGCCGUGGAGGACUCUGGGACCGAAGCCAACAGAGAAGAGGCCCCCAUCAGCAUGAACACUGAAGUCUCCCAGAACUAUCAAUCUGGGGUACUCCCAAGGCUCAGCCUUCAUACCACCUCUAACAUGCUCAACAGGGUAUCUGUUGUCCUGCUGAUGUCAUGGUCCAGCCGGCGCGCCACGAUAGUGAGGACUCCUCGGAGGAAGACCAGGCCCAGGCACUCUCGCAGGGGCGGCCACUGGGCCGCCCAGAGGCACCUCCUUUACCAGAGGCAGCAUCCCCAGACCCUGUCACCAGCUCUCCAGGGUCACCAGCCCCCGUGGAAGGCCGCCACAGAAGACUGCGCACGGAGAUACGGGAAUGCUGGCACAGCGCGAGAUUGGCGGCCAGUUGCAGAUGUCAGGGAGAUGGGGGGUGAGAAGGAACCAGGAAGAAGGAUUGUGGAAAGAGAUAAAGAUGUCAAAGUAGAGGAAAACUCUGGGGGUCAAGUGGUGCCAAAGGGGCAGCAGAGAAGGAAGAAAGAAACAAAACAGAAGCAGAGGAAGGAAUUGAUUGCCCAUCAAAGUGGGGAGAUGCCUGAGAUCCCAGCACCAGAUAAAAUACAGAUGAGAAAGAGAAGAUUCUUUGAAAGGAACUACCAGCACACGUUGGCCAUCUUGUCUGCCGUUAAUGAGAUCAAUGAGAAUCCCAGACUCUUACCUAACAUCACUCUUGGCUACAACAUCUAUGAAAACUAUCAAACUGCAAGGAUAGUUACCAAGGCCACCGUAGACCUCCUUUGCACCGGGCAAGAACACUUGGUUUUCCCCAACUAUGUGUGUGGAAGGCAGAAGAAGCCCCUGGCUGUCAUUCAGGGGGGCGACAACCAGGUCUUCUUUCACAUGGCAUCCAUCUUGAGCCUUUACAAAAUCCCUCAGCUCACCUACGGUUUGGCAAACAACAUUGUCAGCGAUGAAGCUCGGUUCCCUUCUUCAUACUGGAUGAGCCCGAAGGAAGAGUCCCAGUUCAUGGGGAUAGUUGAGCUGCUCCUGCAUUUCAGGUGGACGUGGGUCAGCCUAGCUGCUCCAGUUAAUGAAGACGGAGAUUGGUUUGUGAACACCUUGACAGUGAUGAUUACUAGAAGUGGAAAUUGUGUCGCCUUCGUGUGGAGGAUUCCUACAGCAGGGACUGUUAUCUCCAUCAGCAAAUCUGAAACGGUGCAGAAAUAUCAAGCAGAACUGAUGCAGAGGAAAGCCAACGUCUUCAUUUAUUAUGGGGGCCCUUAUUCCAUGUUUGUUUUGAUGGUCAUCCUGGCCCGAUUUGAUAGGCAAAUGAGUGCCCCUGUGGGGAAAGUUUGGGUCACAACCACGCUGUGGGGCUCCAGCUUGAGCACAACCUUUGUCAACUGGGAUGUCAGACACUUUCACGGUGCCUUGUCCUUCGUGAUCAGAACGAGCGACGGCUUAAAAGCCCAGGAGCUUUUCUUGAUUCGAGAUGAAGCCCCCCUUAGACGCAUUUGGUCAGAAAUAUUUCAUUGCUACGACCUUCUUCAUCCUUUCCUGAGAAACGUCCACUUCAACACUACAACCAUGAACGACGUGCAUUUUAAUGAGGAUGGGGAGUUAGUAGCAGACUACGAUAUUGUGAAUGUGCUCAUCUUCCCUAAUGGCUCUGCCGUAAGGGUGAAAGUUGGGCGUCUCGAGACCCAGGCUCCUUCAGGCCUAGAGCUGAACAUUCAGGAGAACAUCAUUGUCUGGCCUACUUGGUUUAAUCAGACGAGGCCCCGAUCUACAUGCACCGAAAGCUGCCUGCCUGGAUAUAGGAAGAUGGUCCCGGAAGGACAGCCAAUUUGCUGCUAUGAUUGCUUGCCAUGUGGCGAAGGGGCCAUUUCGACUCAGACAGAUUCCAGCCAUUGUGACAAGUGUCCAGAAGGUCAGCAUCCAAACGAGGACAAUGAGCACUGUGUCCCCAAGAUUAUAGUUUUCCUGAGUUAUGGAGAAACUUUAGGGACCAUCUUGGCUUCCUUUGCCCUUUUCUGUUCUGCAACGACAGCUAUUGUUUUAGGAAUCUUCCUUAAAUUUCUGGAGACUCCAAUUGUCAAGGCCAAUAACCGAGACCUCACCUACAUUCUUCUCAUCUCCCUCCUGCUCUCCUUCCUCUCCUCCUUCCUUUUCAUUGGCCAGCCUGGGAAGGUGACCUGCCUCCUCCGACAGACUGCCUUCAGCAUCAUCUUCUCCAUUGCCGUCUCUUCCGUGUUGGCCAAAACCAUCACGGUGGUGGUGGCCUUCAUGGCCACGAAGCCAGGGAACACGAUGAGGAAAUGGCUAGGGAAGAGCUUGGCAAACUCUAUCGUCAUUUCCUGUUCUGGCCUUCAAGUAGGGAUCUGCACUAUCUGGCUGGGAAUCUCUCCCCCCUUCCCAGACGCCGACGCACUCUCCCAGCCUGGACAGAUCACACUGCAGUGUAACGAGGGGUCCGUCGCCAUGUUUUAUACGGCCCUUGGCUACAUGGGCUUCCUGGCUGCCAUCUGUUUCACGGUGGCUUUCCUGGCCAGGAAGCUGCCUGGUUCAUUCAACGAAGCCAAGCUGAUCACCUUCAGCAUGCUGGUCUUCUGCAGCGUUUGGGUGUCCUUUGUGCCCACCUACCUGAGCACAAAGGGGAAAUACAUGGUGGCCGUGCAGAUCUUCUCCAUCUUGGCCUCCAGUGCCGGCUUACUGGGCUGCAUCUUCCUUCCCAAAUGCUACAUCAUUGUUCUGAGGCCCAAUCUGAACAACAAGGAGCAUCUCAUGAUGAAAAAGAAAGAAACUGGGUGA